AAUAGAUUAACCCCUAUGUGAAUCUAGUUUGACCAAAGCACACACAUUUUUGACAAUGGAGCCGACAACGCCGCUCCUGCCUCCGUCGGCGUCAUCAACGCACAGGGAUAUUCUCUGGCUGGUCUUCAGUCUGGUCGGCGGGAUGAUCUACGGGUACAACGUCAGGUACGCCCGUCAUCCCUUCUCUUAGUCUUCAUGCAUUCUCCGUAUGCACAGCAUUGCGCCUUCGCUCGCGUACAUUGCCGACGACUUGAGCCUCUCUACGUCCCAGCAAGAGAUGGCAAGCGCGUCCGCCACGUUGAGCGACACCAUCACCAUGCUCGUGGGCGGCCACCUCGCGGACGCGUUCGGCCGGCGUCGCACGGCCAUCGCCGCGUGUAUGUUGAGCAUCGUAGGCGCACUCGGCAUCCUCAUGAGUCGGUUAGGGUCUCGAACCACUCUUGCUCGUGUAAAACAUGUCUGAGCCUUGAUUUGGUUUUGGG